AUGGAAGCUUUGCCCAUGGAUGAGAUUGAGAAGAGGUUCGGCAAAGCCGGCAGUCAGCAGAAGGUGCAGAAAGCUCCAAAACAAGAAGUCAAGAAGCGAACGACGGUGAAGCUCUCAAGCAUUGCCCAAGAGCAGCGCUUCCAGAUCGAAGUGUGCUUGCGUACUUUGCCAGUGAGCCUCAACACGGGCACCAAAGCAGCGAAAGCCAUCCAGGACCUGGACCGGAGCGCCUUCUCGGUGGAGACUUUGAGCUCUAUACGGCGCUUCCUUUGCCCCAACGCCGAGCAGGAAGCGGAGCUGCGUGCCAAGCGAGCCACAGCCGAGAACGAGUCAGAGCCUUUGCUUUGGGACCCCGUGGAGCACUACAUGGAGGAGCUGCUGCAGAUCAAGGCCUGCUCCAUCCGCUUGAGCUCUUGGGAGUUCCUGUACAACCUUCCUGAGCGGCUUGGGCAGAUCGAGGAGAACUUGCUACGCUUCGAGCGAAUGGUCUUGAGCUUCUUGAAAUCCUCAGAGAUCCCAUUUCUCCUGAGCUUAGUCUUGGCCUUCGGCAAUUACCUCAACGGUGGCAAGAAUGAGAAGCGCUUGGGGCGAGCAGAUGGUUUUCAUGUGGAGCUGCUAGGCCGCCCGGGUGGACUGGAUCUGGUGAAUGACACCCAAGGGCGCAAUGUGCGUCAGCUGAUCUUUGAAGUUUUCAGUGAGAAAUAUCCCAGCCACUUGGAGCGCCUUUUCAUGGAGCUUCAACCUGUCUUCGCACUGGUGCAGCGACGCCUGGGAAAAGAUGCCCAGGGCGUCCCCGCGCUCAGGAAGACGGUGCGCGUGGAGAUCGAGGACUUGGAGAAGCAGCUGGUGCAGCUGAAGGCGGAGUUCACCUCGAAGCACGAGGAGAUGAAGGCCAGCGAGUUCCGGUCGACGAUCCCGCGGAUCCGUUCGCGGUGGAGAUCCCUCCGGAGUUCCAACGCGCCCAGCAGCGGAUCGAUGAGCUGCUGCGGAAGAAGGAGACCACACGUCAGCAGUUCCAGACGGUGCUCUCCAACUUCAAAGCGGAGACCUACCGGGGGGAUCCCAUGCUGGUGGACGGCCAAGUGA